AUGCCUCGCGAUCCGCUUAUCGGACUAGUCGGUAAACCCUCCUCAGGAAAAUCGACGACGUUAAACAGUCUAACAGAUGCUUCCUCUAAAGUCGGCAAUUUUCCCUUCACGACCAUCGACCCCCAGCGCGCGAUUGGAUACCUCCAAAUAGACUGCGCAUGCCAGCGGCACCAGCUAUCAGAGAAGUGCAAACCGAACUACGGUAGCUGCCAUGAAGGGCGAAGAUCGGUGCCCAUUGAGCUACUUGACGUUGCGGGGCUGGUUCCAGGAGCCCACGAAGGCAAAGGGCUGGGGAAUAAGUUCUUGGACGACUUGCGCCAUGCGGAUGCGUUGAUUCAUGUGGUCGACGUGAGUGGCACUACGGAUGCUGAGGGGAAGGCAACUAGGGGGUACGAUCCAUCACAAGAUAUUGUUUGGUUAAAAUCCGAGAUUGUAAGAUGGAUACAGGGGAAUUUGAUGGACAAAUGGGGUUCGAUAAAACGCCGUCAUGUUGCAGUGAAAGCAACGGCCGUUGAGACCUUGCAAAUACAAUUCUCUGGCUACGGCGCCACGUCGAAGAUUGUCUCGCGAUGCCUCGACAAGUUAGAUCUCAAAACACCCCUACAAGAAUGGUCAGACGAGACAAUUGCACAAGUGGUGGUUGCUUUUAUAGACGAGAAGUUCCCUACAGUUCUAGCAUUGAAUAAGAUAGACCAUCCCGACGCCGAUAAGAAUAUCAAUAAAAUCGCAAAGGCACAAGACCCCCAAUCGAUCGUGCUGUGCUCCGCAAUAACCGAAGUUUUCCUGCGUAAACUCGCAAAGCAGGGCUACGUAAAAUACGUAGAGGGCAGUGAAUUCGUCGACACGAGAGAAGAUUUAAUCGAGAUGGGCGAUCCAGACGGCGGGGGCCUCAAGGAAAUGGAUGAAAAGCUCAAAAAUCGUGUUGAGAAUCUGAAAGACCUUGUACUCUAUCGAUUCGGGUCUACGGGUGUGGUCCAAGUUCUCUCUCGGGCAGCAGAUCUUCUAGGAUUGGUGCCCGUGUUUCCAGUUCGCAACAUUCACAACUUCAGCUCUGGAUCGGGGAGCGGGGGAGCAGUCUUUCGAGACUGCGUGCUCGUGAAAAAAAAUAGUACGGUUGGGGACGUAGCGCGGAAGGUCAUGGGUGACGCGCCAAUAGCCUAUGUAGAAGGCAUUGGGGGCACAAGAGUUUCGGAGGAGGAGAUAGUGUCGGUGGGAAAGCACGAUGUAUGGAAGACUCCAAUUGCCCUUGAGUAA